GUCCCAUGAUCAUGCCGCGAUUCCGGGCGUUGGCCAUGUUGGACUCGUUUACCACCAGGUGUCUGCACCUUUCCUGUUCACCGGCACCGUCACAGGUCAGCCAUUUGAGAGUUUCUGUUCUCCAUGAACAGCGGGGAAAUGGCCACAGGACCCCAGAGAACCAGGAGAGAGGCUCUCAUGGCCUUUGGGGAUGUGGCUGUGGAUUUUACCCAGAAGGAGUGGAGGCUGCUGAGCCCUGGUCAGAGGACUCUGUACAGAGAAGGGAUGCUGGAGAAAUACAGCAUACUGGUCUCAGUGGCAGAAUCAAAGCCAGAAAUCCAUCUCUUCCACUCUUGCCCACUGGCCUUCUGCAAUCAGCAUUUCCUCAACAAACACAUGUUCUGCAACCAUCCCCUUCAGUUGUCUCCAGGCUUAUUUGCCAAAACUUACCUGCAACCAAGGAAUCCUUGUGCUGCGAACCAGAAGCAGCAGCAGCAGCAGCAACAACAAUUUUCUGACCAAAGUUGCCAGAUUAAUGCAGCAGAAGGUCAAGAGACAAAAGAAAGCUCCAAACCCUUGUUUAGGAGGGAGAGAGGAACAUCAAGAACAUUUUCCAGCCCACCCCUAAGACAGCCAGUAAAUUCUAGGGAAAGGAACAGAGUGGUGCAAAUGGAGGACAACCAAGCCCAGAGGUCAAAUCCUAAGGAAACAGACAAAGUAUUAAAAGGAGCAGAAAAUUCAAGAUAGGGAGCCUUCAGAUGUGGACAAGCCUUUAGCCAGAAGUCAAAGCUACUCAUGCACAAGAGAGCACACUCCAAGAAGCAUUUUACAUGCAGGGAAUGUCAACAGGGCUUUAGUGGCAUGUCAGCAUUGCUCCUGCAUCAGAGGAUACACAUGGGAGAGAAGCCCUAUGUGUGCAGGGAGUGUGGGCAAGGCUUUAGUCACAAGACAAACCUCAAGAAACACCAGAGCACACACUCGGGUGAGAACCCUUAUGCAAAGUGUGGACAAGGCUUUAGCAGUAAGUCACACCUCAUCACACACCAGAGGAUGCACUCAGGGGAGAAGCCCUUUACAUGCAUGAAGUGCGGGCAAAGCUUUAACUUGAAGUCAAAUCUCAUCAGACACAGGUGGAGACACUCAGUGGACAAGCCUUUUGUGUGCAAGGAGUGUGGGCAAGGCUUCAUCCAAAAGUCUUCCCUUAUCUUCCACCAGAGGACACUCAGGGGAGAAGCCUUUUUUGUUUGUAAUGAGUGUGGGCAAGGAUUUAUCUGGAAGUCCAACCUCAUGCAACACCAGAUGGCACACUCAGGGAAGAAGCCUUUUGUAUGCAGGGAGUGUGGACGAUCCUACACCAAUAAGUCAUACCUCACCGUGCAUGACAGAACACACUCUGGAGAGAAGCCUUAUGGAUGCCGAGAGUGUGGGCGAAGAUUUAGAGAUAAGUCAUACCUAAAUAGGCACCAGAGGGCACACUUAGGUGAGAAACGGUUUUUGUGCAAGGAGUGCAGGCGAGGCUUCAACUUGAAGCCAAAUCUCACCAGACACCAGAGGACUCACUCAGGGGAGAAACCUUGUAUGUGCAAAGAAUGUGGGCUAAGAUUUAGCUUGAAAUCUAAUCUUAUCAGACAUCAGAGGAGACAUUCUGGGGACAAGACUUUUGUGUUCAAGGGUUGUGUGCAAGGCUUUAAUGAUAAGUCAGCACUCAUCUUGCACCAGAGGACACAUUCAGAAAAUAAGCCAUAUGUAUGCCAGGUAUGUAGGAAAGAAUUCAGCCAAAAAUCAAACCUCAAUAGACACCAGAGAAUCCACUCUCAGAAGAAGCAUUUUUUGUGUGAAGAGUGUGGCUGAGGCUUUAGUCAAAAGUCACAGCUCAAUAGACACAGAAAAAAUUCAGGUCACCACCCACCACCUCCCCAUCCAAAUUCUGAAAGAACUUCAGGGGCAGUUCCUUGACUCUAUGAAUGUAAAGAUAACAAUAACAACUAGGGAAUUUUUCUUACUCUCUUGGAGUGUGAAAGAGUAGAAAAAUGGGGAAGUUCUCAAAUGUAAGUGAUCAAAUGACUCAACUUAUCAUUAAGUUUCCCCAGACCAGUGUUUACCUGUGGUCUGAUUUUUGUUUUGUUUUGCCUUUUUUAUCAAAUAAAUUUUGCUUCUUUACAGACCUGUAGCCAAGGCUGUGUCCUUGUUCAGAAAUACAUCACUGAGGCAGAGGGAAUCUAGAAAGUCACAGGGAACCUGAAUCAGCCCAACCAAAUUUCCCAAAGAGAUUCAACCCCUGAGAAAAAUUAAGUCCCACUAGUGUUUAAUAUUGGAGAUUUUGAACCUGUGCACCAGGAAAGGAGGUCAAGGGUUGAGGAAUAGAUAUGCCAGGUGCAAGGAGGUAAUGGCCUGGGACUCUUGGAGAGAUGUCAUUUCUUAGCAAGAGCUAAGCUAAGCUGCCGGGUAUCAAGUAUAGCUGAUUAAGAGAAACCAAAAUGAAAGUAACAGUCAAGCCUUUAACCACGUACUGCAAUAGUUAAUGCAGGCUAAAGCAGAGAAAGUACCAGACCCCUUUCUCCUAUUUUCCAGGGGGUGGAGGUGGGGGGUUGUCUCAAGGUCUUCCCCGUCUCCCACAAAUAAGGAGGUCUCAGCAGAGGUGCUUUAGGGAGGUCUUUGUUUUGAGCUCCAGACAGGGAGGUGCCUGGACUAGGAAUGGAGAUAUGCCCAAGAGCAUGACCAGCCAAGGGAGCUCAAGUCCCUAACUGCAACUCCCUGCAGAGACUGCAAUACACUGCCUGUGCACCAAGUCUUUUGUGGGGUGGGCAGCUUUCCCCAUGAGGCUUGUCAGGUAAGCCUUCGUACUUGCCUAUGGUCAAGACUGAAAGGUCACACAUAGGUUUCUGGCCAGGAGCUGGACCCCUAAUUCCUACUGACCACAUCUUCCCAUGGUCAUGCACCAAGGCCAUGCUUCCCAUAGACUGCUUUUAUCCAGUGACCACACAUUGCAGUCACUGAGGCAGGCCUGUUAAUGGCAGCCCGCUUUCAGUGAAAGACU